CUCUCCUUCGCGUCGGCAACCGAACCAGCAGCCAUGGCGGCCUCCGCCGUAGAGAGCGGCGAGCGGGACCGGAGCCCCGGGGCGGGCGGCAGCGGCAGCAGCGGCGGUCCGGUGCUUUCGGAGCUGCAGCGAGAGAAGCGGCUGGUGUGCGUGGAGUUCCCCGGCGUGGUGCAGGACGUGGGCAAGACCUUGAUGACUCUGGGGGGAGAAGAGGGGGUCUCCCGGAUUUAUGCCGAUCCCAGCAAAAGACUUGAACUGUAUUUCCGUCCCAAAGACCCCUACUGCCACCCGGUGUGUGCCAAUCGCUUCCCUACCUCUUCAGUGCUGUUCAAAGUGAAAAAGAAAACAAGGAGGAAACGGACAGAGGACGGAAGUCUGGAAGAAGAAAUAAAGUUUGAAGUGGAGAUACUUGGUGUCAUUUCCACCGUUUAUAAAUUUCAAGGUAUGUCUGAUUUCCAAUACUUGGUAAUGCAUUCAGAGCCAGACGCUAAACAAACAUCAAUGUAUAACAAAGUCUUGAUGCUCAAGCCCGAAAAAGAAGAUUUUUUUAUGAAGGAGCUGCCGCUAUAUAUUCCUCCACCCAUUUUCUCACGCCUGGACACUCCUAUCGAUUAUUAUUAUCGGCCCGAUAUACAUCACAGGGAAGGCUAUCGCAACCCUCCCCUAUCCAGCGAGAAUCUGAUCGGCCUCAGCAGGGCGCGACGUCCUCACAACGCUAUCUUCGUCAACUUUGAGGAUGAAGAGGUGCCCUCGAAGCCGUUGGAGGCGGCCGUGCAGACGUGGAAGAAAGUCUGCAGCAACGUGGUGGAUCACCAAGCAGAAGAAGAGCUGAAGAAACUUUUCGAACUUCGUCCCGUGUGGUCCCGCAAUGCUGUGAAAGCCAACAUCUGCGUUCACCCUGACAAACUGAAAUUGUUACUACCCUAUUUGGCUUAUUACAUGCUUACGGGACCUUGGAGAAGCCUGUGGGUUCGUUUCGGUUACGAUCCUAGGAGACACCCCGAAGCAAAGAUCUACCAGGUUCUGGAUUUCAGGAUCCGCUGCGGCAUGAAAUACGGGUACACCCCAAACGAAAUGCCCGUGAAAGCCAAACGCAGCACCUACAACUACAGCCUGCCUAUUACUUUAAAAAAACCAGGAAAUCAUGGCCUCGGCAUCCAAGACUUGAAACAGGGGCUUAGCACAUCUGGAGCAUCAGGUGCAAAAUCACCAUGUAUGAGCAAAUACAAACUUAAGGAUUCCAUUUAUACCUUUGAGGAAGGGUCUCUGCCCCCUUAUCGACAGAUGUUCUACCAGCUGUGCGAUUUGAAAGUGGAAAGCUUGCAGAAGAUCAUCCAUCGAAAUGACAACAUGGAGGCGGCUUGUACGGAGCGGGACGGCUGGUGCCUUCCGAAGACCAACGAUGAAUUGAGGGACACCAUGUCACUGAUGAUAAGGCAGAUAAUCCGAUCCCAGAGGCCAGCUCUGUUCAGAAACCCAUCCAGUACCACAGAGGGCAAAGAGCAGCUGACUUUUGAAUCUGGAGAAGAGGAAGAGGAGGAGGAGGAAGAGGAAGAGGUUUUCAAGCCUUCGGACGGGAGCGAAAAUGAAAUGGAGACCGAAAUUCUUGACUAUGUCUAAUGUGUGGGGCUGAUGGGCUGGACUGGUUCUUGGGGGGAGGAAUUUGUUUUGCUUUUUUUUUUUGAGGAGGGGGUAGGACAGAAGAAACCCAUCAAUCCAAGCAAUGAAUCGAUGAACCCAUCAACUUAACCAACUCAUCAACCCAACCAACGCGCCAACUCAACCAACUCGCCAACCCAACCAAUGCGCCAAUUCAACCAACGCACUAACUCAACCAAUGCGCCAACCCGAUGAACCCAACAACCCAGCCAACUUGAACCCACAACCAACCCAACCCGUUGGCUGCAUGGUAUCUUCGACUCGAUUGGAUUUGUGCAAAAGUGUCAUUUGUAAGUUGCACUUUGCUGGCGUUGCAUUUUUUUUCUUUCUUUCCUAAAGAGCGCAGCGAUAGUUGGGGUUUUUUGUUGUUGUUGUUGUUGUUUCCUCGAUACAGCCGUCCUUCCAUCGUUGGAUUCAAAUGUAGAUACGAGACUCUAUCUCAUAGUUUUGGGGAAUUUUUUUGGCAUUUUAGCGGGGGUUUUUUGUUUUGUUUUUUGCAAUUGAGGGCCGAGCCCAUCUACAUCCGACAACUUUGUCUCCCUGGGGGUCAUCUUUUGGAUUAACCACACUGUUGAAAUUCCAACCAAGGCCUGAUGGUUAUCUAUCUCAACCUUCAAUACCGGCAGGCAAAAAUUAUAAUUUCAUUCCUACUAGGACUUCAGUUGUUCCUGUUCUUCUCAAAUAAAAAAAGGCAUUUGGAAUUUCUUUCGUGAUGCCUUGAGAGAGAAAAAAAAAUUGGAGUUUUGUGGGGCAUCAGAUGGACAGUGUAAGAAAUGCUCGCUCUUUUGUAGAGCGAUAAAGCGAUUUCUUUUUUAGCUGGAGCUGAAAAUAAAGAGAUCGGUGCCUUCAAAA